UGCAAAAUGUGUAUAAAAUGGUGUCAAUAUCUCUUCUUAUACCUUCAUUAUAAUAAGUAAGUCUUUUUUUCUUUGAAAUAUUCCAUUGUAGUUCAAGAGGGUUCAAAUGGCAAUGGAGUCUUUGCUCAAUGGUUCCUUCACAAAACCUUGUUUUUCAAUCUCACAUCCUGCUUCACCUGGAUCUUGGUACUCGUCUUCAGGAGAGCAUGCUUUGAAAUGCAAAGAAUGGAACAAGGUUCAGAAGCAACCAUUAAAGCUUAUGAACUCUGAAAGGAAGAAGCAUCCGCGCAUGGAUUACCAACAUUUUGGUUCCAGAAACAGUGGAUUUGUUGCUCUUUCUCGCAAGGGAAGUGAUCAUUAUUUGGUGAAUGAGGCUUCUGAAGACCAUUCGGAACCUAAGCCUUCAAUUAGGAGCCCAUUGGAAACAUUUCUAAGGCAUUUAGAUGCUUUCUAUCGAUUUUCACGACUUUUCGCAUACAUUGGAGGAGUAUUAAGCACAAUAUCAUUUUCCCUUCUAGCUGUGGAGAAAAUCUCAGAUGUUUCUCCCUUGUUUGUUACUGGGGUGGCUCAGGCUCUUGCUGCUGGUUUCUUAAUGCAUAUAUAUAAUAAUGGCGUGAAUCAAUUGGCAGACAUCGAAAUUGACAAGGUUAAUAAACCUUAUCUUCCACUGGCAUCUGGUGACUUUACAAUCGAGGGUGGCGUGAUACUAACUUUAUCUUCUUUAAUAAUGGCUUGUUGGCUUGGAUGGACUGUUGGGUCUUGGCCAUUAAAUUGCUUAAUUUUACUUCUUUUUCUGUCUUCAACAGUAUAUUCAGUCGAUGUACCUUUAUUGAGAUGGAAGAAAAAUGCGUAUCUUGCAGCACUUUGCAUCUUCACUAUGAUAGUACCCCCAGGGUUGACCGUUUAUAUGCACAUUCAGACUUUUGUGCUUGGACGACCUGCUGCUUUCCCAAAGCGUAUACUCAUUGCGGCAAUUCUCAACACCUUAUUCUCAUUUGUAGUUGCACUUUUGAAGGACAUUCCUGACGUUGAAGGAGACAGAUUACACGGGGUCAAAUCAUUUGCAGUUAGAUUUGGUGGAAAUAAGGUGUUUUGGGUUUGCAUUGCACUUUUGCAAAUUGGUUAUGCUGUGGCUAUUUUGGCUGGAUUGACAUCUUCCUAUAAUUGGAGCAAACUUCUAACAGUUGGUAGUCACACGUUUCUGGCUUUGAAGCUUUGGAGGCGUUCCAAAGCUAUUGAUACGGGAAACAACGAAGAAAUAACAUCUUUCUACGUAUUUGUUUGGCGGCUCAUUUCCGCGGAGUACAUGCUCCUACCUCUUGUGAGAUAAAACAUGAAAGGAUUAAUUGUUGAAGAAGCGCCAGCCGAUGUGAUGUGACAAGGCCAUCCCAUAGAAAAAAAGACCAUUUCCCCUUCUUUUGUUUCUCUUUUAAUAACAGCUACUUUCUUCAUCCCAAAUCUAUUGUCCGAUUUGAAAUUUCAUUUUUAGUAUAAAUUGAAUUAAAAAAGAAAUUUCAAACUAGACAAUAAUUUUGGGACAAAGAAAAUAUAAUAUUCACAGUGCAAAACUCGUUGGCAAUUGUAUUAAUGUAUGAUUAUUGCUUAGUAAUUUUUUUCCCCCUAAAGUUUCAAAUUUUGGGUACAAACAAAGGAGUGUGGAGUAGAUUGCAAACUUGCAAAUUUUAUAUUAUUAGGG